AUGAGGGUAGCCUCAGUUCUUGCACAGGCUGCCAUUGUCUCUAUGGCUAUGGCGGCGGCUUUGCCUCACCUGAUUCAAUCUAGGACCGAUGCGGAUGAGGCCGUUGUCUAUCCUGCCAGCGUUGACCAAUCUUGGGUCGAUGCCAACGUUCAAAGGCGAUCAGGUACCGAUUCGGAUGAGGCUGUCGUCUACCCAGCUAGUGUUGAUCAAUCCUGGGUCGAUGCCACAUCUCAGAAGCGAUCUGGAACCGAUUCAGACGAGGCCGUUGUCUAUCCGGCCAGCGUUGAUCAAUCAUGGGUCGACGCGAAGACCAACUGA